UUUGCCCCUUGAUUGAAAUCUGCCACCAUGUAUUGAAACACACGAUCGAGCAAUUGCUCCAGGUCGAGAGUCGUCCAUACUGCCCGGUUUAGCAUCUCCUUGAUAAAUCUCGAUGAACAGACAGACUCUCUUACAAAAGAAAAAAGUAGUUUGUUCACAUUGAAAAAGCACUUAGCGUUGUUUAUGCAAGAGAAUCCUCGCGGUCUUUCUUAUUUCUCGAGCUCACACUGAGCGCUCAUCAUCUCAUCUGAUCUCAGUUCCCUUGGGAGAGCCCCAAACAGUGACUCUUAUAGUGAGCAGUGUACGAGUACAAGAAAAAAAAUACAGCGAUUUCCCAUCUAUUUCAUUAGCAUAUCAUGUGUUAAGAGAUUAGUGAAGAUGGUCCUAAAAUCACUAUUGGUCGGGUUGUUCUUAUUCGGGUUCACCCGAGGGAUCAGUAACUCUGAUAUCUUCCCCUAUGGAGCUCCAGCUGGAGACAAUCAAUUGAAUUCCAAUGCAGAAGAUUCGAGCAGCCAAGAAAUUGACCUCGGGGUCGAGGCCAAGUUCUUCAACCGUCGUUAUCGAACUGUUUUCGUGAACGAAAAUGGACUUUUGUCCUUCCUGGCCGAAAUUCCGAGUUACUUCAAUGUACAAUUCCCACUGGACUACCCGUUGAUUGCGGGUCUGUAUUCGGAUGUGGAUUGCCGUGAAUCUGGCUCAGUCUGGUUCCGAAUCACCAGCGAUUCUACUUUACUGGGUCGUGCCCAAUCCCGUAUUGAGUCCCAAUUCCAAGCUUCGUUCCAACCCGAAGAGCUCAUCAUUGCCACGUGGGAUCGAGUUGGUUAUUACGAGAGAGCAAGUUGGAAGAAGAACACGUUCCAAAUCGUGGUGGCUUCCAAUGAGAUGGAUACCUAUGUGCUGAUGCUCUAUCCCGAGGGUGGGAUUCAAUGGAUCAAAGCGGAAGGCAAGAAUAAGAACAUGCCGGAUGCCCGUGGACAAGCCGGCAUCAUAUCGGGCGAGGGUCGACAUCACCUUCUCCGGGCAUCAGGCACGGAUCAAAUUCGCCACUUGGACAAAUGGUCUAAUGCAAAUGAAGCCGGUGUCUGGUUAUACAAAGUAGGCCCAUUAGAUGAAUCUGAGCCAAUCAAAGAGCCACCAAUGACAACGAACAAUCAGUUCAAUCCAGAGACGGCUCAAUCAUGUUCCAUGGGAUCAACGAUGUGCCACUCCCAAGGAUCUUGCAUUGACCACACUCGUGGUUUUUGUUGCCAGUGUGGGGAAAAUUGGUUUGGAAACGGACGCACAUGUCUCCCUAAAGGAUUAGCCCAAAGAGUGAACGGGCGUAUGUCGGGAAAUGUGAACUCAAUCACGUUCCAGGAUGAGGAUCUCCACUGUUAUGUGGUAACAGAUGAUGGACGGACCUAUACGGCUAUAUCCAGAGUUCCUAGCCGAAUUGGGCCAGAAAUGAGGGGAUUGACAAUCAUGGGUGGACCCAUUGGCUGGCUAUUCGCUCAGCCCAUGCAAGGGGCCCAAAAUGGUUUCGACAUUACUGGUGGGAUCUUCAACUACACCGGCACAGUCACAUUUCCAGAUACGAGGCAUAGCGUAACCAUAAAUCUAAGAUUUCUUGGCUUGGACGCCUUUGAUUAUUUAAAAGUGGAGGGUUCUGUGGAUGGGACCUUACCGCCUAUCAAUCCCCCAACAGCCGAAAUUCAAUUAGAAGACUAUUCGGAGGAAUUCUCCAAGAUUCAGCCCGGUGUUAUUAUUGCUAAUGCUCAAAGAUCAUUUAAAAUUGGUGAUACCGGCAACUUAGUCAACUUUGAAGUCCAGCAUCGGAUCGAUUAUGACGGUUGCAAAGCCGAACCCAAUGACCCCCAAACUCGUACCAGCAGGUUCAAGUCUUCCAGGAACUACAUCGUGUAUGAUGGUGCUGAGGAGGUUGUACGAUAUGCUAUGACCAGUCAAAUGGUGCCGUUAGGAAGCGAUGAGGAUCCUUGUCGCGGGAUCUCCUGUGGAGUGGACAGCUAUUGCACCUCUAGCGAGGGUGAGGCUCGUUGCGUAUGCAACGCAGGCUUUCAAGAGUACGAUUACGGCGAUGGAAACAAAGGUUGUCGUGAUGUGGACGAAUGUGCAGCGGGGUCCAAUAACUGUUCACCCGAUGCCGAUUGUUACAACCAGCAAGGCAGCUUUCAAUGCGCUUGCAGGGCUGGAUACAUUGGCAAUGGCGUCAAUUGUGUUGAGGAUGUCUCGUGCAACCAGUUGGACUGCAAUGAUAACUCCGAGUGUGUCGUUGAUCGAUACGGCCAACCAUCUUGCCAAUGCAUCUCAGGCUUCACGGGCGAUGGUGAGGUCUGCAAAAUCGUCCCUUCGGAGAUUAGGAUUAGCGGAUUUGCUCAACCUGAGGAGUUGCUUUUCGACAACGCGAAUCCAGAUGAGAAUGAUCCCCGCAACAUCGAAGUGAAUCACUUCUACCAAGUUUCAAAUCUUGGACCACAUACCGUGGGUGGUCUUGAAGUGGAAGUAAAAUGGCCUUUGAAGGAUUCGCAAGACCAGCCCAUAACCGUUCUGAGUGUGAAACCUCAAGUCAAAUAUAGUGGACCCAUGGGAGAUUAUCUAGAUGAUUGCCACAUAGAUCCGUCUUAUCUGAGUGCAUCACGGGUGAAACGUCAAGGGGAGGAAGAUUUUCUCGAAAUUCAGGAUCUUCCCAAAUCAGACACGAUGUACUCAGAAGAUGUGGAUUAUGAUAUGGAAACUGAAAUGGAAUACAUGGAACAGAAUGGCAUCAAAUUUCCCGAAUAUGGAUUUCCAUUGGAGAGCGAACCAUUGCCCGAGUAUGAUUACAGCAAUUUCGAGUCAUACAACACUGUUCGACCACCCCCGGUUACCCCUGAAUCCCAGCAAGUGACUGAAACUCCGUCAGAUGUCGGUGCUGGUGUCUCUGAAACCACUCAAAGUAAAGACAGCGGGGUUGAAAAUGAAGCUAAAGAUCCUGGUAAUGGCGAAGACGAGACGCCAAUGUCAAAAUUAAAAGGGCCCGGAAUGAUUUCUUUCACCUGCAAGAUGAAUUUGGCUCAACAGGAAUCUGCAACAAUCACAGUCCGAUCGGUCCUAGCUGUGAAUAAUCUAGUGGAGCAAUACAAAGGAAUAGCUCAGUUCCAAAUUCCAUCAGAAGCUGUGGUCAUCAAGGAUGAGACUAUUCGGAUCGUUGGAAGUAAAAUUGCGUCAACUGAAACUAACGUUCUACCCAGGGAUCCCACUAUUUCUUUGGCACCGGGACAAGGGUUCGAAUGUGGAACCAUUCAAUGCAAUCGAUAUGCCGAUUGCUUUUAUCUCUUCAAUGGACGAGAUGAACCUGAAUGCCAAUGUUUACCAGGCUUCAAAGGCAACGGACAAGAAUGUGAGCAAUUGGAACCCACUGAGGUGGAUUGUAGACAAGCUCAAAAUUGUCACGCUGACGCCAUGUGUGCAUUCGAUGGUCAACAUGGAACGUUUCAAUGCAAAUGUAAAAGUGGGUUCGAAGGUGAUGGAUUAUCUUGUUACCUGAAAGAAGAAACUUGCUUGACCCUGGACAAUUGCUCCCCAUAUGCCGAUUGUUUGGGAGACUACUCUGGCAGGUUUUCUUGCGAAUGCCAGCAAGGUUAUCGAGGAGAUGGCUUCUCCUGUUAUCCAGAACCGUCGGCUACCUCACAAAAUAAUCCAAGUGGUGUUUCAAAGGAACGAAACUCAUCUCUAAAUCCGUCCCAGAAUCAGCUCGACAGAGGUCAAGCCCAGAGUCCACAAGAAGUGGUGCCAAAUUGUUACAGAGGAUCCUGUGCUUGUCCACCUGGCUAUACAUAUGACGGGGACAGAUGUUUGGAAAAAUCCACAGAAAACGUUCCCAAAGAAGUAGGAUUCGAAGAAAACUCCCCAGAUUUGUGCUCGAGUAACGAGGAAUGUGAUGCCAAUGCCAGUUGCCAAUACAAUGAAGGGGAGACUCGAUACCAAUGCGUGUGUAAUCAGUUCUAUUUUGGCAAUGGGUUCUCGUGCCAGAUUGGGCCAGAUGCCGACUGCAAUAUUAAGAAGGACUGUGGAUAUCAGGCUCAAUGCGUUCGAAAUCAGGAUGGAGACUACUCCUGCGAGUGCGACAAGGGAUUCAAAGGCGAUGGUUAUUUCUGCAAGAAGGAUGUCAUUGGAUGCAAUAUCAUUAAUAACUGUGGCAAAUACGCCGAUUGUCUCUUUGAUUUUGACGAAGGAGGCUACAGAUGCAAAUGCGAUCAAAACAGGGGCUUCGAAGGAGACGGAUACGUUUGCAAAUCCACUCAAUCUUGUCAAGAGAACCCAUCGAUUUGUGACGUGAAUGCCAUGUGUGUGCCAGAUGAACGAUCCGGAGGGGUCAAGUGUCAAUGUCGGGAGUUCUACGAGGGCGAUGGAUUCAUUUGCCAGGCAAUACCGGCUCAGGAUCAAGGCUAUAUGAUUGCGAGUCAAGGCCUGGCUUUGAUGAAGAUCCCGUUUUCUGCCAAAUUGACUAAUCCGGGAGUGCCAAUCAUGUUCAAGACGAGUCAAACAGCCACGGGACUACAAGUGGAUUGCCAAGAAGAAAAGAUCUAUUGGACCGAUACAACAGGAAGAGCAAUUUUCAGUUCCAAUUACGAUGGUUCCCAAACAGAGCCAUUCCUCAAUGCUGCCAUGGGAUUCCCCGAAGGAAUCGCUUUGGACGUGGAUGCUCGAAACGUGUACUGGGUGGAUUCGGGCAAGCGGACGAUCGAGGUUGCCCGCAUGGAUUCAAAGGCUCGGGCCGUGAUUGUAGAAGAUAACAUGUGGAACCCGAGAGGAAUCACUCUUUUUGCACCCAUGGGACGAAUGUUUUGGUCUGAUUGGGAUGUGAGGAAGCCUCGUAUCGAGUCCGCGAAUCUCGAUGGAUCGGAUCGGAUCGUGUUGGUGGAUAACAUGAUCGGAAUGCCCAACUCUUUAGCCGUGGAUUCUGUGCGUUAUCAACUCUGUUGGACGGAUGGAGGCAGUCCCUUACGAUUUGAUCGGGCUGAGGUCCCACCCAAAAUUGAGUGUAUGGACAUGUACGGAAGCAGCAAUCGUCGACCUGUGAUUGUGCUGAAGGAUAGCUUUCCUUAUGGACUUGCAUUAACUAAUGAUUACGUUUAUUGGACGGAUUGGAAGAACCCUCAAAUUCAUGGAGCUCAUCGGGAAUCUGGUGAGCGAAUCCCGUCUUUGCCGCACGUUUUGGGCAUGAUGGGUAGACCCUUUGGGUUGGUCGUGGUUCCUCAAACUUGUCCAACAGGGAACAACAACCCGUGCUCCGAAAAUUCGUGUCAAUACAACCAGAUUUGUUUGCCCGAUGGGCGGGGUGGAUCGAAAUGUCAGUGCGAUGAUAACGACCCUAAUUGUACCAGCUCUUGAAUUUAUUCGAUAUUAAUUGUAUCAUGAUGAUGAUUAUGAUGAUCAGUAGGAGCACUGCCAUGCUUACAAUACACGUUGCGUAUGAGCCUU